AGAUCACACCCGGCAAACAUAUUCUCUUUCACACAGGGAGAGACGGAGUCUCAAACCAAAAGAAAACUCUCAGUGUUUCUGUAGCCCACCACAAAGAUUUCAGACGGGUUUUCACGCUCUGAUCUUUCACUGAGUCCAAGGGGAAUGACGAAGGAGGUCAGCUACAGAGUUUUUAUUUCAGGCCUUGGCUGUUGUGACGUUCCCCAGCAGCUGUUGUGACUCUGUGUGAGAGCAUGUGGAUAAGCACCAGCGUGUGGGGACUCUCCAGAACUUUCCAGCUUAAACCUUAAACCUUUGCCUGAAACGUUGCAAUGACUCUCCAGUGGACGGCGGUGGCCUUCUUCCUGUAUGCAGAGAUAGUGUUCAACCUCAUCCUGUGCAUCCCCUUUAUAUCAGCACAGAGAUGGCAUUUAGUUUUCAACUGGAGAAUCUGGAGCUGGUUAUCUCCAUACUGGAACAAGUUCUUCUUUGCGAUGAUAAUGGCCCUUGUUGUUCUUUUUUGUGACGCCAUCCGAGAGGUGCAGAAGUACUCUGGCCCCGAGCCCACGCAUGAUGCCCACGCCAACCCAAACCUGUACGACCACGUCCACAUGAAGCUAUUCAGGGCCCAGAGGAACCUUUACAUCUGUGGCUUCUCUCUCUUUCUCUGGCUUGUCAUGCGCCGGAUUGUCACUCUGCUAAACCAGAUUGCUGAGACUUCGGUAAACUCUGCAGGUCUUCAGGCACAGAUGGAUAAUGCAUUUAAAACUGCUGAGAAGCACCAGGAGGACAACCAGAUUCUCAAAACAGCUCUCCUGGAAAGAGAACAAUCUAUGCUGAUAACCAAUAAUCAACUGAAGAGGGAGAUUGAAAAGCUUCAAAGUCAAUUAAAGGUUGCAGAGGAAGCUGUGCGAAGGUCUGACGCUGAAGUUGAAGCCAUGAAAAGGCAGGCCAAAGGUCUGACACAUGAAUAUGACCGACUACUAAGGGAGCACCAUCUGCUGCAGAACCUCCAGAGGCCUGAGGACAAAAAAGAUCAGUAAUCACGCAGCUGUGAUGAGACCUGGGUUGACCUCCGCCCCUCCCACAGACGAGAUGACGCAGCAACAGCUGUCUUUGUCACAAAUCUCUUCAGGUUUAGCUUCUUCUGGAGAAGAUUGUUAUGUAAAAAAAAAAUUAUGCACUAUAUUGAAUGAAUAAAAGUCCAUUUUUGUCCAUUUUGA